CGAAUAGAUUAUUGUCAAAUAAAACACGCCUAAUAUCUAAAACAGUUUGACAGAUGACGCUGUUGAGGUUACAUUCACUUUGUCGAGUGAUUUUAAGAAAUUCUUGGACGAAAACAUCCACAGCAACAACACCAUUAAGGGUAAUGUCAAGUGAGGUUGAUAAGGCCCAGGCGGCAGCGCCGUCUGAAGACACAAUCUUCGGAAAAAUUCUUCGCAAAGAAAUUCCAUGCAAUUUUAUUUACGAGGAUGACAAAUGUGUGGCCUUUCAUGAUAUUAUGGCUCAGGCCCCUACGCACUUCUUGGUGAUUCCUCGCAAACCUAUUGCAAUGCUGUCUAAUGCUACCGAAGAGGAUGAAUCCCUAUUGGGCCAUCUGAUGCUGGUUGGUAGUAAAGUUGCUAAAGAUUUGGGCCUAGAACAAGGAUAUCGUGUGGUCAUUAACAACGGCAAAGAUGGAGCUCAAUCUGUUUACCAUUUGCAUUUACAUUUCCUAGGUGGUCGUCAAAUGAAAUGGCCACCAGGUUAGGACCCCAAUACCAAUUUGUCAAGCUUUAUUAUUCUGCUUGUUUAAAAUAAAUAAGCUGUUGAAAAUGCAA